CUUCAUCUCUCACCAUCGCCGGAAAGACCCUAAUUCUCCCACAACCAGUGCGCCCAGCUUAGGUUCUUUGUUUACUUUAGAACAAAACCAAAACCAAAACAAGCGGUUGGAGAGAUGGGUUCCAAGGGCAAUGCAUCACUCUCUCUAUGUCUCUUGAUCAUCCUUCAUGUCUUCACUUCUGUAUCUGCAUGUGAAACCUGCCCUUCUAUCCCAAAACCGAAGCCGAAGCCAAAGCCAUGUCCCAGCCCUGCAGCCAAGGCUAGCUGCCCCAGCAAUGCCCUGAAACUAGGCGUGUGCGGCGACUUGCUUGGUGGAUUGCUCAAUGUAUCCAUUGGCGCUCCCCCGAAAACUCCAUGCUGCAGCCUCAUGGAAGGCCUCGUCGAUCUGGAAGCUGCCAUCUGCCUUUGCACUGCCAUAAAAGCAAAUGUUUUGGGCAUCGAGCUCGACAUUCCGCUCUCGCUGAGCUUGCUUCUUAACGUUUGCUCCAAGAAUGUUCCUACUGGAUUCGUAUGUGCCUAAACUAAAUAGUUGCAUCACCUUCUUAUCUAAGUGUUUCUUAAUUUAGUUGUGUGAUGUGUAAGUUUCCUUGUGUAUAAUAUCUCUAGGGAUCAUUGGUUGCGUGCUGGAUUGGUUUGUUUGUGUAAUAUAUCCAGUGAUCAUUCUCAUCA